AUGGAAGGCAAGGAUUUAAAUGUGUCUACACAGUUUGGAAGUAAUUGUGAGCAGGUAGAAAACCGAAUCGGUGAAGAUAAUGAAAUGGCCAGUUCACGAGAAAUUGUUUCACACGACUUGAACUCUUCAACACCAGAACCUCCGAAUCCUUUCAAUGACGCAUCCAACAUAUCCUUGCCAACAAACAAUAACGUUCCUAGUGUCUCUUUAUCUCGAUCAAUACAGACGCGCAUCGCGUCCGAUUCCCCUAAUACCUCCACGACAAAAACAAGAAUCAAUCAACCUCAAUCGCUAUUCAUACAAGCUUUAACAAAACUAAAUGAAGAUUCUGUAAAAUUUACAGUUAUAAAUAUUAUUAAAACGCAACAGGAAAUAGCAAAGAUGGCGCUAAAUGACGAUCAGCACACUUUGAGCGCGCCAGAUUCGUUAAUGAGUGCACCGCCCUCGUAUUCAUUUGUUUUGAGGCAGAUAGCAGCCAGACCUAGAACAAGGUUUAUGGGAACAUUCAUCCCUUCGCCUUCUUUUAUUCAACAUACGCCACCUCCGAACUAUGCAUCCGCAUUUGAUGUUUAUGUAGACAAUCCAAUGCCGAGGCCAUCAAGGAUAUACAAUUUCGGAUUCAGUCCUAUGUUCGUCUCGUGUCCUGAAUGCGGUUAUACUGGAAUGAGUAUCGCUAUAAGUCAGAUAACAAUGAGUACGCACAUGUGUGCAUUCAUUUUAUGUCUAUUCUGUUGCUGGAUCUGUGUACCUCUACCGUAUGUGAUGCGGUCAUGUAAGCACGUAAAUCAUUUUUGUGCGAACUGUCGUCAUCAUUUGGGUAGAUACUGUCCUACUAAUCCUGAAUCUUGUACUCAUUCAUAA